AUGUUGGACAGAGAAGGAACUGAUGGGACCGGUCCCGGAGACGCGACUCGUUCCACGGGAGGGACUUGGCCCGGAGAGGGGACUGGUUCCGGAGCUGGGACUAGUGGCAGCGGGGGAACUCCCCUCGGGCCGUCAGGGACCACAAGUACUGGCGGGCCCCCGGCAGUACCAAUGGAGCUGAUCGCUUCAAUGAUCUCUCGCGCCGUGCGGGAGGGCUUGGGAGGCCCACCUCCUACGACCACUCCUGGGGGGAUUACGCCGAUUCCCAGUACCAUUCCAACUUCAGCUGCCGGGGGUUUGCACGCUGGUGUGGUGACGGCGGGCUUGGGGGGGGGGAAUCUAUCGUUCCUGUUGCUACGUCAG